AUGGCACCUAAGAGUCAAUUGGCUAGGGAACUUGAAGAGUUGAAGGAGAUUUUGGAAAGAGAAAGAAGGGAAAGAAGAGAACAGGAUGUAGCAAGAGAGCAGGCUGAAGCAAGGAGGGAUAGACAAUGGAGAAGAGAGAAAGAGGCCAUGCAAGCUAGGUUAGAAGGCUACGAGAAAGAAAGAAUGGACCAUAGGAGAGAAGAAGUUAAUGAAGAACAUUUUGAAGAUGAAGGAGAGGAACACUAUGAAAGACAAGAACAUAGGGAAGUAGAAGAUGAGAUGGACCCUGAGGAGAGGAAGCUUGUUAGGAUUUUGAAGGCAGUACAAAAAAAUGGAGGGAAAGGACAGGUGGAGGUACCUAUCUAUCAAGGGAAGAUGGAUAGUGAAGAAGUGUUGGGUUGGCUGGAUGCCUUGGAGAACUACUUUGAGUUUGCAAAAACAAAGCUUAGAGGUAUUGCUUUAACUUGGUGGACAAGUUUACAAAAUGAUAGAAUUUCUAGGGGGUUGACAAGAAUCACAAAUUGGGCAAGGAUGAAGAACCUCAUCAAGGAGCGAUUCUUGCCUUCAGAUUAUAGCAUACAUGUUAAGAGGAUGAGACAAAAUUUGAAACAGAAAGACAUGGAUGUAAUGGCAUAUAUUGAACAAUUUCAUAAAUUGAGUAUUAGGGGAGGAUAUGAGGAAGAAGAUGAGAAGUUGGCUAUUAGAGCAGAAGAAAAGGUGAGGAGAAGACAAGAAAGGUCAGGAAGAGGAGGUAAUACAAAUAGAGCAAGAGGUGGUAGAGGUCAAGGACCAAACAAUGAUGACAAGGCAAGGAAUCAUUUUCAUAAUCAAGGGGUGGAUACAAUCAGAGAGGAGGAAGAGGAUUUGGUCAAGGAAGGGGCACAUUUAGAUGUUACAAUUGCAAUGAACCAGGACACCCAUCAUUCAAAUGUCCCAAGUGGAGUGACGAUAAGAAGGAUAGGAGAGUACACUUGA